UAAAUUCCCAAUUCUCUUUCCUCCACUCAAUAAAAACCCAAUCUUUCCUUCCCCUUCUUCCCCCAUUCUCUCUGUUUUCCAAAACAAUACUCUUCCCCAUGGCCACCACUAACGCCACCGCCGUUAUCCAUUCCGCCACCACAACCUUCGUCGAAGCUGACCCAUCAACAUUCCGAUCAAUCGUACAAAAGCUAACCGGAGCACCCAACCACCCACCGGCGGCGUAUCGGCUGCAGGAACGGCGGCGGAGUAGCAAAAAACUAGAGUUGGAGUUGAACACCGGAUACACGGUGGCCGGAGGAAUCGGGAUUGGGAUGGUGUCGCCGGUGUCGACGUUGGAUUUUAUGGGGUGCGGGAGUCCGUGUGAAGAGGAAGAGAGAGCUAUUGCGGAAAAAGGGUAUUAUUUGCAUCCGAGUCCGAUUAACACUCCGGGAGGAUCCGACCCACCUCAUCUUUUGCCAUUGUUUCCUCUUUCUUCUCCUUCCGAUUGUAAUAACAGAAAUUAUUCUGUUUCUUCUUAA